GCCCAUCCAUCUAUUACCCUCCUGAAUCCUUUUGAAAGGCCCGGUGGUUGCAGGGGAGGCGGACUACUCACUCGCGAUUUCGGCAUUAGUUGCGGGGCAGAUGCAUGGGAUCUGGUCGGAGGGUUUUGUUAUGUUUUCCAUUUUAUGCAGAGCCGCGAGCGGCAGGCCUCACGAGAGUACGUCUGUUUCAUGCCAUGAACAAGAUACCGCACAAAACGCACUGUUGAUGAACGAUGAUAUCUCCAUGAUUGUCCGAUUUCUUUGCUUCUCCCGCUUCCAUCACCACCGUGACCAUCUCGGCCGUACCUGGGGGGAGAACCGACGGCUCUGGGAUGGCGUAACCAGCCGGUCAUGUCGGAAGAGGACCCGGCGGUGCCUGUUCGAAUGCUUCAGCCAUGGCGUUUCUGGACGAGUGAUGAAAGCGGGCCAUGUAUGUCGAAGCCUUUCAUAUCGUAUGCAUAUAGAAACGUUGGCUGUGCCGGUGUAAGAGAGGGAUCAACGCGAAGUGUAGAGUGUAGAGUGUAUCGUCGAGUUCGGCCGAGCGAUCGGAUGGGGAGGGACCAGUGGAUUGGUUGGGGGAUGGGAUAGUAUAGUCCGUACAUACCAUACGGUACCCGGGACCCGUAGUGGAACCCCCGACCGUACACCGCAAGGAUUCAGUAAGGUCAGUAAGGUACGCGGUACGGCCGCGGUAUGAGUCGGCCUCUCUUCAUAGUACGGAGAGUUAGUAGUACUGACUGAGUACUGACGGGCAGAUUUUGAGCUCG